UUGUGUAACGUCACGUCUGCCCGCUCGGUAUUGUUAACCGGAUUCUCUCAGCAGGAGCUCUCUCUGUAAGAGCCACUCGGGCGCUACUCGGAGGAGCUGCUGGGAGAGUGUGUGUUUCUUCAUGCCGGUUUGAGUGCGCAGGAGUCGGUAUGUCUGUGCAGAAUAACCCACUUCAGGUGCACAACAUCCCCUGGAGGAACAACAACUUCAGCCUGAUGAGCCGAGACCCGCCGCUGUCCGACCAGGGAGAGACGAUCAUCGGCGUGUACCUGCUCAUUCUGGGCUGGUUGUCGUGGUUUGGGAACAGUAUCGUGAUCUUCAUCCUCUUCAAGCAGAGAUCGUUCCUCCAGCCCACCGAUUACCUGACGCUGAAUCUCGCCAUCUCUGACGCCAGCAUCUCUGUGUUCGGAUAUUCCCGAGGAAUCCUCGAGAUCUUCAACGUGUUCAAGGACAACGGAUACCUCAUCACAUCUGUGUGGACGUGCCAGGUGGACGGGUUCUUCACGCUGGUGUUCGGUCUCGGCAGCAUCAACACACUCACCGUCAUCAGCAUCACCAGAUACAUUAAAGGAUGCCACCCGAGUAAAGCGCACUGCAUAACCAACACCACUGUGAUCGUGUGUGUUAUCUUCAUCUGGAUCGGAGCCUUGUUCUGGUCCGGCGCGCCAAUCCUGGGCUGGGGAAGCUACACAGACCGAGGGUACGGCACCUGCGAGAUCGACUGGGUCAAAGCGAACUAUUCCACCAUCCACAAGUCCUACAUCAUCUCCAUCCUCAUCUUCUGCUUCUUCGUGCCCGUGCUGAUCAUGCUGUUCUCCUACGUGUCCAUCAUAAACACGGUGAAGCGCGGCAAUGCCAUGUCAGCGGAGGGCGACCUGACCGACAGGCAGCGCAAGAUCGAGAGGGACGUCACCAUCGUGUCCAUUGUGAUCUGCACGGCGUUCAUCCUGGCCUGGUCUCCGUACGCCGUGGUGUCCAUGUGGUCGGCGUGGGGUUUCCACGUGCCCAACCUCACCAGCAUCUUCACGCGGCUCUUCGCCAAGUCCGCCAGCUUCUACAACCCGCUCAUCUACUUCGGCUUGAGCUCCAAGUUCCGCAAGGACGUGAGCGUGUUGCUGCCGUGUAGAGGCGACGGGAAAGACACCGUCAAACUCAAGCGCUUCAAAAAGAUCAAGGGGAAGGCGGAGGGGGCGUCGCCCAGGAGACCCGAGGAGCAGCGCGAGAAGAAGAGCCGUGCAGGAGGAGAGCCGGCAAACCCCGCCCCCAGCCUUCGCCCCGAGACUCCGCCCCCUCCCGGCAAACAGGUGUACUUCAUCACCGCGCCCGAGCCGUCAGACACGCCCGAGUACGAGUGCGCCAGACUGUAGAUCAC